AUGGCUCGAACUGACGAGGCUGAAUGGUGGUACAACGCCGUGUACGAGGCGGUCCAGGAGAUCCCCCGAGGCCGAGUCACUUCCUACGGACACAUCGCACGGCUACUGGGGGAGCCUCAACGACCUCGGCAGGUGGGAAUGUGUCUUAAACAUCUCCCCACUGACACGCCGGAAGGAACCAUUUUCUUCCACUCGGGUAAUGUUCCGUGGCAGCGCGUGGUUAAUGCUAAAGGGAUGAUUUCUCAUCGAGGACCCGGGAGUGCAGAGCGUCAAGCGGAAGCUCUCCGACAAGAAGGUGUCGAGGUCGAAACUGACAGCUUCGGGGAGAUGUAUAUUGAUUUCUCCCGGUACGGAUGGUUUCCAGAUCGACUACCCAGCGAAGAG